CUGAACUUCCAUAAUUAAUACACUAGCCUCUCUCUCUCUCUCUCUCUCUCUCUCUCUCUCUCAUUUUCCACUAUUUCACUCUUUUCUCGUUAAUCCAUCCCGCGAUCUCUUCACUCAGAUCCAGCAAAUGGAAAAAAAACUCAGUCAAAUGAGCUGAAGAGUAGUGUUGAAGCUGAGACCGUUUGUAAAGUUUUAAUCUUUUGAAGCUUUUCCUUCAUUUUUCUUCGCAACUAAACAACUGGGCACACCAGGUGAUGUUUUUUUCCAUGGAUGAAGGGGAACUGGCAGUCACCUUUUAGUUGGAAAUGUGUGAAUAAUAGUGCUGAAGACUUUUAAGUUGGGAAAGCACAUUAAGCAUUCUUUCAGAUGUGUAACGUUGCUUUUGACAGUUUGAGGUCCUAAAGUGUAGAAGAUGGAGGAGAUACAGUCUCAAUCAGAUAAUUAUAGAUCUUCAUCAUCUUCAGCCAGUAGUCCUGCGAGCAGGGUGCCUUCAAGUAACUUUUUUUACUUGCGGAAGCCCGGUUCACUCAGACAACCAAUCUCAUUUGAGGACUCACCAGAAUGGGAGGAUACAGAUAUCGAUGUUAGGGUGGAGGAAGGGGGUGACUCUAUCAAUGUUGCUGCAACACCAGCUUCCCCAUCUCUGUCAAAGCUCAAUAGCGGUUCAUUGCCAUCACCACCACUGCCAGAGAAUGCAGUUGUUGCGAGAAAGAUUGCAGGAUCUUCCGUUGUCUGGAAAGACUUAACUGUUACAAUCAGGGGUAAAAGGAAGUACUCUGAUAAAGUUGUAAAGAGCUCAAGUGGUUAUGCACUGCCUGGGACGAUGACAGUAAUCAUGGGUCCUGCAAAGUCAGGGAAAUCCACAUUGUUGCGGGCUAUUGCAGGAAGGUUGCAUCACUCAGCCAAAAUGUAUGGUGAAAUAUUUGUGAAUGGCAAAAAAUCACGCUUGCCUUAUGGUGCAUAUGGCUUUGUUGAAAGGGAAACUACUCUGAUUGGGUCCCUCACUGUUCGAGAAUAUCUAUACUAUGCUGCACUGCUUCAACUUCCUGGUUUCUUCUGCCAGAAAAAGAGUGUGGUAGAGGAUGCCAUCCAUGCAAUGUCCUUGAGUGAUUAUGCAAAUAAAUUGAUUGGAGGCCACUGUUAUAUGAAUGGCCUUCCUAAUGGUGAGAGAAGGCGUGUUAGCAUUGCCCGGGAGCUGGUGAUGAGGCCCCAUAUCUUAUUUAUAGAUGAGCCUCUUUAUCAUCUUGACAGUGUCUCUGCUCUUCUGAUGAUGGUUACACUAAAGAAACUUGCCAGCACUGGUUUCACUCUUAUCUUUACCAUUUACCAGAGCAGUACUGAAGUGUUUGGCCUCUUUGAUCGGAUCUGCCUGCUAUCAAAUGGAAAUACAUUAUUUUUUGGAGAAACUUUGGCUUGCUUGCAGCACUUCUCAAAUGCCGGAUUUCCUUGCCCAAUUAUGCAAAGUCCUUCUGAUCACUUUCUACGUGCAAUAAACACAGAUUUUGAUAGGAUAAUAGCAAUGUGCAGAAAUUGGCAGGAUGACCAUGGAGACUUUUCAUCAGUAAAUAUGGAUACUGCUGUUGCUAUUCGUACCUUAGAAGCAACGUACAAAUCAUCAGCAGAUGCUGCUGCAGUUGAAACAAUGAUAUUGAAACUCACAGAAAAGGAGGGUCCAUAUCUUAAAAGCAAAGGAAAAGCUAGCUGUGCUACUAGGGUUGCAGUUUUGACAUGGAGAUCAUUGUUAAUUAUGUCGAGGGACUGGAAAUACUACUGGCUUCGUCUUAUUCUUUAUAUGCUUCUCACACUCUGUAUUGGAACAGUAUUUUCUGGCCUGGGGCAUUCUUUGUCUUCCGUUGUUACAAGAGUUGCAGCGAUAUUCACAUUUAUAUCAUUCACUUCGCUUCUAAGUAUUGCCGGAGUACCUUCAAUUUUGAAGGAAAUCAAGAUAUUUGCCAGUGAAGAAUCAAAUAGGCAUUCCGGGGCAUUAGUCUUUUUACUUGGGCAGCUUCUCUCUAGCAUCCCAUUUCUGUUUCUCGUCUCCAUUUCAUCAAGUCUAGUCUUCUAUUUCCUCAUAGGGUUACGAGACGAAUUCAGCUUGUUAAUGUACUUCGUUUUGAAUUUCUUCAUAUGUCUCUUAGUAAAUGAAGGAUUAAUGCUGCUUAUCACUUCCCUUUGGCUACAUGUUUUCUGGAGUGUCUUGACGCUGGUAUCAAUGCAUGUGGUAAUGAUGCUUUCCGCUGGAUAUCUAAGAAUUCGAAAUACUUUGCCAGGACCAGUGUGGACAUAUCCAAUAUCCUAUAUUGCUUUUCACACUUACUCUAUUCAGGGACUUUUGGAGAAUGAGUACCUAGGGACUUCGUUCGCAGUUGGGGAAGUGAGGACCAUUUCUGGGAUUCAGGCCCUCCGAAGUGCAUACGAUAUCUCUUCCGACAGUAAUUCGAAAUGGGAAAAUCUGUUGGUAUUGUUUCUGAUGGCAAUUGCAUAUCGUAUACUAGUGCUUAUUGUUCUGCAUUUUCGGGUUGGAAAGAAUGAAUCUGUACUUAAGUUUUGCCGCUGUAAUCAGGAUACAAACGAUCCAAGAUGAAUGGAAUUUGCACUGCUAGUGUUGUUUUUGUUCCAA